UUCAUUAUUAGAUACAUUAUUAUGUCUGCAACGACAGAGUUUAUUGAUAAAGUAGUUUUGGUGACGGGAUCCAGCUCUGGUAUCGGUCAAACUACUGCACUAGUAUUUGCUAAAUUGGGUGCAAAAGUAGUGGUCACCGGUAGAGACCAGUCACGGGUUGAUGAAGUGGCUGAUCAGUGCAAACUAUUAUCACCACAAAAAUAUGAGACUCUUAAAUAUGUGGGUGAUUUAGGUGAAGACCAAAGUGUGAAUGAACUUAUGGAUCUAAUUGUUAAAACAUAUAAUCAAUUGGAUGUUGUGGUUAAUAACGCGGGUCGUGGUAUUGAUAGGACUGAGCCAUCACUUAUCAAAUCGUUUGAUGACUUGCAUAGAGUUAAUCUUAGAUCAAUUUAUCUUAUUUGCAUUAAGGCAUUACCAUUGCUUGAAGUAUCAAAGGGUGUGAUUAUCAAUAAUUCAAGCAUUUGUGGUCUUAAACCUUUUCCCGAAUUAUUGGCAUAUUGUGUAUCAAAAGCAGGUCUGGAUAUGAUGACCAGAUGUCUGGCCAUUGAUUUGGGUCCCAAAGGAAUACGUGUUAACAGUGUUUGUCCGGGACAAAUACAAACUCCAAUAUUUGCCCGAUAUUUGGGUUUAAAUGAAUUUGAAUUAGAGGCCAUGUGGCGAGCGGUCACUGAAAAGUAUCCAUUGAAACGCCCGGGAAAUACGGACGAUGUGGCCAAAGCUAUCGUGUUUUUAGCGUCCAAUGAGUCGUCAUUCAUAACAGGUGUCCAAUUGAAGAUCGACGGCGGGUUUAUGGACUCAUCUCCGUUGGCUUUACCUUAAUAUUACAACUUAUUAUUAUCACAUA